UCGAGCCCAGUCACAUUCCUUUCAUGUUCAAUACUGAGCAGCGACAAGCAAUUGCAACAAUGUGAAUUUCAACUUCGGAUAUUCGAACAUCUUUGACGAGGAUAGGCAAAAAUUACAGAAGGAAGAUUGGGUUGGAACGAUCCGUAUGGAAUUGUCAACGUAUGGAAUUGAGAGGGGUUGUUUUUAUUGCAGCAUGAGUUCAACUGGUGGCAGGUCCUGCUAGACCUGAACAGACCGUGAGUGUGUUGGUGGAGGCUCAUCAGUCUCCAGUAUGGAGUGUUUGGUAUGAGCCGUGGCCGGUCUGUUGGUCCUUGGGCCGGUCCAGUGGUGAGGUGUCCCUGUCCCUUGGCGGGAUGCUGAGGGCUGGUGGUCCCCACCAGUAUGACUCCCCUGGACCUGUGGCUGUCCCGCUCCAUCCCCAUGUGCCUGCUCCUCCAGAGCCUGGUCCUCAUGGCCCUGUGCUUCCCCUCCGCCUCCAUGUGUCCCAAGGGCUGCGUCUGCCAGCGGGCCCGACCCGACCCGGGCCUCCACCUCGGCCCGGGGCCCCUGGGGCUCUUCCUUGGCCUCAAUGUCACCUGUACCGGGUCCCGGCUCAAAGAGAUCCCCCCGGACCUGCCGCCAGACACCGCCGUGCUCCGCCUCGACCACAACCAGAUCAUGGCCGUCCCCGACCAUGUCUUCCGGGGCCUGAGGCUGCUGCGGGAGCUCAACCUGUCCCACAACGCUGUAGAGACGCUGGAGGAGGGUGCCUUCAGUGGCGUGGAGGCCACACUGCAGGUCCUCGACCUCUCACACAACCGCAUCACUAGCGUGCACAAGGAUGCAUUCGCCCGGCUCAAAGCGCGGGUCCUGGUGGAUGACAACCCCUGGCACUGUGACUGCACACUGCAGCAGGCACUGGGCGGCAUGGCCCACAACCACGAGGCGGCUGCACGCGUCCUCUGCCGGAGCUCCGAGCUCCAGGAGCAGGAGGGACGCCAUUUCCUGGCGGUGGACACAGACCUGUGUAACCUGGCCAAGAGGACCACGGACUACGCAAUGCUGGUGACGAUGUUUGGCUGGUUUGCCAUGGUCAUCUCCUACGUGGUGUAUUACGUACGGCAGAACCAGGAGGAUGCCCGGCGACACUUGGAGUACCUUAAGUCGCUGCCCAGCAAGCCUGUGAAGCCCAACGAGGUGGAGGACAUCAGUACUGUGGUGUAACAGGACAUCAUCACUACUAGACACUAUAGGACAUCAGUACUCCAGUGUGACAUCCCUGUAGUGAGAACUGACAUCACUAUGGUGAGAACUGACUGUAUACAAUAUAAUUAGAUUGUCUAAUUAGUUCUAGAAUUAGAAUGACUAAUUGAUUCUAAUUCUAUGCAUGAACAGCAGAAGUUCAGAACUAAACCCGGAGAUAUAGGACCCAUAUUUCAAGAUGGAUGUAAUGUCUUCUGUUGUGAAAAUGUUUUUUUGAUGUACUCAAAAGAAAUCAUGAGAGAUUAAACCUGGAUCCUUGCAUUUGAAGCUUCAUACCCAAUAUGUGUUAAUUACAAAGGUAAACACUGAGAAAGUCCAAUUUUUAAAGAGGAGAAAUGUGUAAACGUUAGUGUUUGUCUGUAGACGUCAAUCUAAAGACAAGCAUUUUGGAAUGCACAGUGUACAUGUGCAUAGACAACAGCAGUUAGUUCAGAUCACAUUAACAGAAGGGUAAAGUCUAUGGGGGUACCACAGAUGGCUUCAUUGAGAUCUGUUCUGAGAUUGUUUUGAAAAUCUGAAUCUCAGGUUUAAAUUUUGAUAGGUUGAUAAGUAUUUUUUUAGAGCAAAAUCUGGAGAAAUGGUUUUUGGACAACAUUUUUGUAAGGUAAUGAUAACAGGCCUUUGAUCUAGAGGGUGUUCUGUGCUUGUGCAUCCAACUGCAUACUUUGUUUAAUUUAAUUUGAAUAAAUAACAGGCCCCAAAUAUCAAUCAUGAAACUUACCUUUACUUUCCAAAUGUGAAAUAAUUAGAAUCAAUGAUUUGUUAAAAUGAUCAUGACAUCACCAAUGUUGAAAAACGACUGAUGUGCUGUAAAAAUACUAAACAUUUCUUCCUUAAUUUUGUCAAGUCCCUGUACUGUAUGUUCUUGUUGUCUUGAAAUGUCAAAGUUGAUUCAUUGCAUCUUAGUAGAUUUGUUAUGGUCAGAUAACAAUGGUUUGGGGUAGAUAUCAAAUCAAAUGACUCCCAAAAGAGUCGGUAGAUUCAAGUGAUUCGUAUGUGUGUCAUGUGAUUUACCAGUACCCUAGUAGUGUCUAAGUUCUCAAGUCCUGAGAACCAACAAGCGUUUUGUGUUACAUGUUAACACAACACAUACACAACAACACCCAAAAACAAUACUGUGCAUUUGGCCUUUCCACAAAACUCAUUUGCUAAGAUUUCUAAUGACUCUAUGCUUCCUGAAAUAGAAUACAUUUUCAUAUUCAUAGAAAUGUGUUUCACACAUAGAUUCCUUUCUCAGCCAAAGUGGAGAAAUACUCAGUGUCCCAAAUGGGACCCUAUUCCCUACAUAUAGCCCUAUGGGCCCUGGUGGAAAGUAAUGCACUAUGUAGAGAAUAGGGUACAAUUUGGGACACACCCACAGCGUCACAAACCUGUCGAUGGGAAGACUGUAAUAAUUUCAACACAAACAUCCCCUUUCUGUUCAGCCCCCAUGCUGCGUUCAGAAUGCAGAUAGAUGCAUGCAUCAUUUACCUUGCCUUUAAUAACACUGUGUGUAGAGUUCUAUCCCCAGCAAUGUGAGAAGAGAAAAUUACAGCUGUCAUUCGUUUAAAUGGCUUUCACUUGCAUCACAGUGACAUGGGUUCACUAAAACACCCCAUAGAGAGAAAGAUGGAGAGAGAGGGCAGGGCAGGGCAGGGCAGGGCAGGGCAGGGCAGGGCAGGGCAGGGCAGGGCAGGGCAGGGCAGGGCAGGGCAGAGAGGGAUAGAAAGUGAGAGAGAGAAGGAGAGAGGAUAGGUAAGUGAGUGAAGGAGCGAUAUGGGCAGGAGAGUGAUAGAAUGAAAGCUUCUAUCCAUAUUCAAUGUGGUUAAAAAAUGAUGUAUUAUGUACAAGGAAUGUUUACACAGUUUAGAUUUUCCCCCCAGUGCUGCAAGGUGGCCAGUUCAUUUGGAAGGAUUUGAUGAUAUGAUGAGCACAGGUUGUUACAACAGGGAGUAGUUACAACAGGUAAUAGUUACAACAGGUUGUCAUUACAACAGGUUGUUACAACAGGUAGUAGUUACAAUAGGUAGUAGUUACAACAGGUUGUUACAACAGGUUGUUACAGCAGGUUGUUACAACAGGUAGUAGUUACAACAGGUUGUAGUUACAACAGGUAGUAGUUACAAUAGGUAGUAGUUACAACAGGUUGUAGUUACAACAAGUCGUUACAACAGGUAGUAGUUACAACAGGUUGUUACAACAGGUAGUAGUUACAACAGGUUGUUACAAGAGGUUGUAGUUACAACAGGUUGUAGUUACAACAGGUAGUAGUUACAACAAGUUGUUACAACAGGUAAUAGUUACAACAGGUUGUUACAACAGGUAGUAGUUACAACAGGUUGUUACAACAGGUUGUAGUUACAGCAGGUUGUAGUUACAACAAGUCGUUACAACAGGUAGUAGUUACAACAGGUUGUUACAAUAUGUAGUAGUUACAACAGGUUGUUACAACAGGUUGUAGUUACAGCAGGUUGUAGUUAUAAUAGGUUGUUACAACAGGUAGUAGUAAAAACAGGUAGUAGUUACAACAGGUUGUAACAACAAGUAGUAGUAGCAACAGGUAGUAGUUAUAACAGGUUGUUACAACAGGUAGUAGUAGCAACAGGUAGUAGUUACAACAGGUUGUUACAACAGGUAGUUACAACAGGUUGUUACAACAGGUAGUAGUAGCAACAGGUAGUAGUUACAACAGGUUGUUACAACAGGUUGUAGUUACAGCACGUUGUUACAACAGGUAGUAGUAGCAACAGGUAGUAGUUACAACAGGUUGUUACAACAGGUUGUAGAUACAGCAGGUUGUAGUUACAACAAGUCGUUACAACAGGUAGUAGUUACAACAGGUUGUUACAACAGGUUGUAGUUACAACAGGUUGUAGUUACAGCAGGUUGUAGUUACAAGUCGUUAAAACAGGGUGUAGUUACAGUAGGUUGUAGUUACAAUAGGUUGUAGUUACAGUAGGUUGUAGUUACAGCAGGUUGUAGUUACAACAAGUCGUUAAAACAGGGUGUAGUUACAGCAGGUUGUAGUUACAACAGGUAGUAGUAACAAUAGGUAGUAGUUACAACAGGUAGUAGUUACAACAGGUUGUAGUUACAGUAGGUUGUAGUUACAACAGGUUGUAGUUACAGUAGGUUGUAGUUACAACAGGUUGUAGUUACAGUAAGUUGUAGUUACAACAGGUUGUAGUUACAGUAGGUUGUAGUUACAGCAGGUUGUAGUUACAGUAGGUUGUAGUUACAACAGGUUGUAGUUACAGUAGGUUGUAGUUACAACAGGUUGUAGUUACAGUAGGUUGUAGUUACAACAGGUUGUAGUUACAGUAGGUUGUAGUUACAGCAGGUUGUAGUUACAACAAGUCGUUAAAACAGGGUGUAGUUACAGCAGGUUGUAGUUACAACAGGUAGUAGUAACAAUAGGUAGUAGUUACAACAGGUAGUAGUUACAACAGGUUGUAGUUAGAGUAGGUUGUAGUUACAAUAGGUAGUAGUUACAACAGGUAGUAGUUACAACAGGUAGUAGUAACAAUAGGUAGUAGUUACAACAGGUAGUAGUUACAACAGGUAGUAGUUACAACAGGUAGUAGUUACAACAGGUUGUAGUUACAACAGGUAGUAGUAACAAUAGGUAGUAGUUACAACAGGUAGUAGUUACAACAGGUAGUAGUUACAACAGGUAGUAGUUACAACAGGUUGUAGUUAGAGUAGGUAGUAGUUACAACAGGUUGUAGUUAGAGUAGGUUGUAGUUACAACAGGUUGUAGUUACAGUAGGUUGUAGUUACAACAGGUUGUAGUUAUAACAGGUUGAUAGACAAGUAGGCCUAGUCACAACACACAUUUAUCAAACUAAAUGUAAAUAGGUACAUUGUUGUUGUGUGCGAGAAGGAAUUUGAAAUCCAUUUAAUAAAUUGUUGUAUUUUAAUAAUGUGCUACUGUACAGCCUUUUGCACUGUUUUGUCCUGCAGAGCAGAGGCCAUGAGUUCAUGUCUCAUGUAUUUGUAAUGGGUUUAGGAGAGGAGACUUCAAUGCAUGUACCCAUACCGCAAAUUAAAAAAGCACAGUGUAGCCAAGCCAAGGACUCUGGAAGAAUAUUUAAUUAAGUGCCUGAAAAACUUCUCUCAUAUUUUCUGUUUCUCAUUUUAACCAAAUAAUUUCACAUUCAGAGUUGUUUUCUGGACAUGAAUGAAAAAAGCACUGCGUUUCACAGUCAAAGGUUUCUGUGUUUUGGAUUCCUUUCAUGUCCAUAGUGUAUACAGAACCAACACAAAGGAGACAUGAACUCUGUAUGGUUUGUCUUUGAAAGAGCUGAUAGAAAUGAAAUGGACGUUGAUAUCCUAGUUUCCCACCACUUAAAUAAAGAAGAAGAAACGUGAAAGUAGCAUAAAACAGAGAGAAUGUGGUUAUUGUCUUCUCUGCCUGUCCAUUUUCUUUUAUGAGACGGACAAAACAUUGUCUGAUGCUUUGUGAUAAAACUGAAGACCAAGCACUGAUACAACCAUCCACACGUUGUAAAGGCAUGUCAUAAAAGGAAAUAAAGGAAAUAUGGACA